GAUAUUUUUUAAAUGGAAUAUCUACAUAAGCGUACAAGCCCAUUAUCAGCAACCAUCACUCCUGUGUAGGGUUGCACAUUUUGGGGAAUAUUCAGAAGUGGGAAUUAAUGGGAAUAUAUGCAAAUUAAUACUUUAUAUGUAGAUGUUUUUUGCAUUUAUAUUUAUCAUAGGUGGGACAAACAUACAUUUUACUUUAUCAAAAGUAGACAUAAUUGCAAAUUAUGAAAUCCUUCCAAUAGAAAUAAAAACAUUUAGUUAUGAUUUGAACUUUGAGUUGACUCUUCACAUGGGAUGAUUUCACUGAACAAAAGGGAAUAUUCAAUGAUCCAUCGCAUCUCCCAAAAAACGUUUUCAACAUACAUCUGUAAAAUGAUAGAGGAAGACAACCAAAACUUUAACUUUCUAGACCCGGGCUUCCAUGUCUUCUCCCUGGAGCUCCUCAAUGUCCACCUCUUGAACAUCAGACUGAAGCCUCAUCUUCACUGUCACUUUCCAACUUUGUUGAGGAUGGCUCGCUGUCAGUGUAAUGGAUGUGAAACGGCUAGCUUAGUUAGCGGUGCGCGCUAAAUAGCAUUUCAAUCGGUGACGUCACUUGCUCUGAGACCUUGAAGUAGUAGUUCCCCUUGCUCUGCAAGGGCCGUGGCUUUUGUGGAGCGAUGGGUAACGAUGCUUCAUGCGUGUCAGUUGUUGAUGUGUGCAGAGGGUCCCUGGUAAGCACCCGGGGACGGUCUAAAGUUCUGUUACAUCAGGCUCAAAAAGCUUCAUAUUUGCCCAGGUGGCAACCAAUUUUUCAACCCUUGUAUUGGUCAGCCUGUUGUGUUCUUUGGUUUGUGUUCCCAAACAAGGACCAGUUGAGACUGCUGAUGUUGGUGGGAUUUGGAGGAUGAUGGAGGCAACCGGGGGAAAGAGCCUCCGAUUCAAAGUCCCUUCCACCAGGUGGCUGAUGAGAUGUUGGCACAACUGCCAUGCUCUUGUCAUGUCCAGCCCACACAUUAUCUCAGCCAAUUGUGGGAAGGUUGCCGUCUUCUGUGGCUUAACCAACAAGGCUCGUAAUUGAACAAUUUGUUAUAUUAACAGAUGGCAUACAAGUUGAGGCACAUGAAGCGCAGAUGUUCCCCAAGUCAUUUCUGCCCAAAAAAAACAGUUGAAAUGGCUUUCCUGUGAAGUCGUGACUUGUGACAUAUGCGUAGUUUCCUGAAAUGUGUCACACAUGCAGAUUUCUCAAUUUUGUUCACAUUGCUUCCAUCCCUGAUGGAGUCAACAGAAGUCAUAAAUAACAUUAUGAAUCUUCACUUUACUUUGCUGUUCUUCGUCGGAAUGCACUCCCAGGACUCCUACUUCCACAAGAAAUGUUCAUUUUGUUCGAUUACGUCAAUAUUUAUGUCCAAAUACCUUUUUUGUUUGCGUGUUCAGUUCACUAUUCCAAAGGCACAAUGCGCAAGCGCAAAAUCCAGAUUAAAGUCAAGAGUUCCAUUACAGUUUGUAGAAACAUGUCAAACAAUGAUUAUAAAAAGACCCUAAGGAUUGUAAACAAUGAUUAUAGAAAGACCCUAAGGAUUGUAAACAAUGAUUAUAGAAAGACCCUAAGGAUUGUAAACAAUCUUCAAUAAUAUUUAAACCGGACUAUAGCGUAUUCAUUAGAGGAAAAAUAAGGAAUGGCGCGCCCGCGUGACCGCACAGUAAACAACUGAUUGGCCUCCGCCUAGUCCACUUGUUGAAACAGCUCUUAUUCGACACCCUUCCACAAUAGAUGCCUCAAACAACUUUCUAAGGACCAUUGACAUCUGCUGGAAGCCUUGAAGUGCAAUCUGGCCCCAUAGACACAGCAUAUUGGAUAGCCAAUCACUUAAAUUAAACUAUAAACCUCAGAUUUCCCACUUCCUGGUUGGAUUUGUCUCAGGUUUUGUCUGCCAUAUCAGUUCUGUUAUACACUGACAUUAUUUGAACAGUUUUAGAAACUUUUGUGUUUUCUAUACAAUACUACCAAUUAUAUGCAUAUCCUAGCUUCUGGGCCUGAGUAACAGGCAGUUUACUUUGGGUACCUCAUUCAUCCAAACUUCUGAAUACUGCCCCCUAGCCCGACGGAGUUAACUCUACCUACAUGUACCUUAACUAACCGGUGCCCCGGCACAUUGACUCUGUAUCUGUACCGCCUGUAUAUAGCCUCACUAUUGUUAUUUUACUGCUUCUCAUUAAUUAACUAUUUUUCGUAACUGCAUUGUUGGUUAAGGGCUCCUAAGUAAGUGUUUCACUAAGGCCUGUAUUUGGUGUUCAUUUCAUACAAUUUGUUUUGGGUACAGGUGGAGCCAUGAAGAUCUCUACAUGAGUCUCAUGCUAGGGUGGGGUAUACAAAAUCUGAACUUUGAUCUCCUUUUCAAUGUUUUGUCAUUCAGGUCCCUAAAUCACUUUCUCACCAGUUCCACCAUGGGCAAACAUAUGUAUGAAUGGUUUAGUUCAAAUCAUCGGGUGCAGCCAAAGUGAUUGAAAUCAAACUGAAUGACCCUAUGCUGGUCUAUGGUACCUAGAUUAAGUCAAUACUAGAUUCAGGGAUUGUUUUAAAUUGAAUGGAUUAACCUCAGUAAGUGUGGUCAAUAUUUAACUUCUUGGUGACGAGCGCAGUAUUUUCACGUCCGGAUGUAAUGCAUGCCCAAAUUCAACUGCCUGCUACUCAUCCCCAGAGAUAAGAUAUGCCUAUUAUUAGUAGAUUUUGAUAGAAAACACUGAAGUUUCAAACUGUUUGAGUAUAACAGAACUUAUUUAGCAGGCGAAACCCUGAGGACAAUCCAUUAAGAUUUUUGUUUUGGGGUCACUCUCUUUUCAAUGGGAUUUCAUUGGGAAUCCAGAUUUCUAAGGGACCUUCUUGCAGUUCCUACCGCUUCCACUGGAUGUCAACAGUCUUUAGAAAUUGGUCGAAGUUUUUCAUUUUUUGUAAUGAAGUAUCCCUGUUCAGAACGAGUCACUUGUAUUGAACACAGAUCAUCCCUCUCCAAUUGUAUUGAUUAUUUACGUUAAAUACCUAAAGUUGUAUUACCAAAGUAGUUUGAAAUGUUUUUGCAAAGUUUUACAGGUAACGUUUGAGAUUUUGUAGUCACAAGUUGGAACCGGUGUUUUUCUGGAUCAAACGCGCCAAAUAAAUGGAAAUUUUGGGAUAUAUAUCAACGGAGCUAAUCGAACAAAAGGACCAUUUGUGAUGUUCAUGGGACAUAUUGGAGUGCCAACAAAAGAAGCUCGUCAAAGGUAUGGGAGACUGAGACAUGGAUGCCCAUGAAGACGACCCAAGCUAUUUCUCAUGACGAGCUCAUCUCGUCUGGAGACUCUGCCAACGGCUCAGACUUUGGCUUCCCCGAUGAGGAGCACGACACAAUUGACAACGACAAGACUGACGACAAUGAGGAUUAUGACGACUUCUCUGGCUCUGGCGACGGAGUACCAACUAUUACAAUCAAAAAUGACAAUACCAUGAAAUCAAAGCCUUCUAUGAACAACAAGAUUCCAGACCUGAGCCUCAAACCUACAGUGAACGAGAUUCAAUUGGUCCAGAAGAACAAUGAAGUGUCAGUAUGGGUUUCCCCCAAGCCUGAGGAGCACCCAUCGAACGUACUGAUGGCCCAGGCAGGGGAGGAGAGCAUCUUCAACAAGACUGAGGUCCUAGCAGCUCUUAUUGCUGGUGGCGCAGUGGGGCUGUUCUUUGCUGUCCUCCUUAUCCUCCUGCUUGUCUACCACAUGAAGAAGAAGGAUGAAGGCAGCUACGACCUGGGAAAGAAGCCCAUCUACAAGAAGGCUCCCACCACAGAGGUCUACGCAUAAAGCCCACCUUCGCCAGGGCUGCUUGCCUCUUGAAAGCAAACCUCUUGUCUGUACAGCCGGGAAGUCCCAGAGGGAGAAACCAUCACAAGCUAAAAACUGCUUCUCUUCUACCAUGAGUUCUACAAUGGUUCAUUUAAAUAAAUACAAAAUCGGAAAGAACAUUUUAUUAACUGUCCGUUAAUAGGAAGAGGACCAUUUCAGCUGCCAAACAAUGCAGUGCAAGAUAUUUUGAUGAUUUUUCUUGCCCAUGUAAAAACGAAAGUGUACAUUCUGCAGUGACACUGCAGCAAAAUCUUGACAUUUCCCUCCCACCUUCUCUUUAAUGACACUAAACAAGGUGAAUGAGAACUUCACACUCAGUGAGGUGACAUGGUACAAAUAUUGGUACAGCUAUUUAUUUUCCUCCCUCUCUAACCUUGGUACCCAUUCCUGUGUUAAUACUGCUAUUACAGAAGUCUGUCACUAUUGCAUUUUAUAUUUGCAGUGCAUUUGUAAAGUAUUCAUACUGCAUUUUCCACAUUUUGUUAUACCGCCUUAUUCUAAAAUGUAUUGAAUUGGGGGGGGUUGUUUCUCCUCAAUCUACUACACCUAAUACCCACCCCAUAAUGACAAACCAAAAAUAAUACUGAAAUAUCACAUUUGUAUAAGUAAUCAGCACCUUUACUCAGUACUUUGUUAAAGUACCUUUUGGCCGCGACUACAGCCUUGAAUCUUCUUGGGUAUGACGCUGCAAGCUUGGUGAACUUGUAUUUGGAGUUUCUCACAUUCUUCUCUGCAGAUCCUCUCGAGCUCUCAGAUUGGCUGCACAGCUAUUUUCAGGUCUCCAGAGAUGUUCGAUUGGGUUCAAGUCCGGGCUCUGGCUAGGCCAGUCAAGGACAUUCAGAGGUCCCGAAGCCACUCCUACGUUACCUUGGUGAACCUCCCAGUCUGAGAACCUGUUCCAGAGCGCUCAGGACUUCAAGGAUCUUUCCCUUGAUCCUGACUUGUCUCCCAGUCCCUUCAGCUGAACAUCCCCACAGCAUGAUCAAAUCAAAGUUUAUUUGUCACGUGCGCUGAAUACAACAGGUGUAGUAGACCUUAGAGUGAAAUGCUUACUUACAGGCCAACAGUGCAAAAAAAGGUAUUAGGGUGAACAAUAGGUAUGUAAAGAAAUAAAAACAACAGGAAAAAUAACCGUAGCUAAGUUGGGCUGAUUGAGGUAGUAUGUAGAUAUGGUUAAAGUGACUAUGCAUAUGAUGAACAGAGUAGCAGUAACGUAAAACAGUGGCUGGUGGGUGGCGGGACACACCGCCGAUAGCCCGGUUAGCCAGUGUGGGGACACUGGUUGGUCGGGCCAAUUGAGGUAGUAUGUACAUGAAUGUAUAGUUAAAGUGACUAUGCAUAUAUGAUAAACAGAGUAGCAGCAGCGUAGAAGGGACACGCACACACAUGAUGUAAAUAGUCCGGGUAGCCAUUUGGUUACCUGUUCAGGAGUCUUAUGGCUUGGGGGUAAAAACUGUUCAAGCCUUUUUCUCCUAGACUUGGCACUCUGGUAUCACUUGCCAUGCGGUAGUAGAGAGAACAGUCUGACUGAGGACCCAUGCCAAAUCUUUUUAGUUUCCUGAGGUGAAAUGGGCUUUGUCUUGCCCUCUUCAGGACCGUCUUGGUGUGUUUGGACCAUUCUAGUUUGUUGUUGAUGUGGACACCAAGGAACUUGAAGCUCUCAACCUGCUCCACUAUAGCCUCAUCGAUGAUGCUGCCACCACCAUGCUUGUCCUUCUGGAAGAUUCUCCUAUCUCCACAGAGGAGCUCUGUCAGUGACCAUCAGGUUCUUGGUCACCACCCUGACCAAGGCCCUUCUCCCCCGAUUGUUCAGUUUGGCCGGGCCGGCAGUUAUAGGAAGAGUCUUGAUGGUUCCAAACUUCUUCCAUUUAAAAAUGGUGUUCUUGGGGACCUUCAAUGCUGCAGAUUUUUUUUUUUGGUACCGUUCCCCAGUUCUGUGUAAACACAAUCCUAUCUCGGAGCUCUGCGGACAAUUCCUUCAACCUCAUUGCUUGGUUUUUGCUCUGAUGUGCACUGUGUGGGGUGUGUUUUCAAAUCCUGUCCAGGCAAUUGAAUUUACCACAAGUGGACUCUAAUCAAGUUGUAGGAACAUUUUAAGGAGGAUCAAUGGAAACAGGAUGCACCUGAGCUCAAUUUUGAGUCUCCUAGCAAAGAAUCUGAAUAAUCAAGGUUUUUAUAUUUUUAGAUGGGGGGUAUUUUACCCAAUUGAGAAUAGCCUGUAGAGGGAAAGGCGUCUGAAUACUUUUCGUGUUUGUGUGGUAUCAUGAUUGGUUAUGUUUUGAUUCAAAUGUAUUUUGUCAAGAACAGAUUGUCUGAAGUGAAUCCCACAUUGAUGAAAAUAACUUGGUACCUGCUACCAUGUCACAAGCAGUGGCCAAACUUGAUCCUCCAAGGUGUUUUAUGAUUUAAUUUGGACGGUGCACAAAUCGGCAUGAUGUUAUUCCUCUAGGACAACUCGCUGUGUGAAUACACCCGCAUUCCACCCACUCAAUUAUAUCAUACAUGCAUGACUGGUGAUCUCAUUUUUUUAUGUCAGUCCUUAUCUCAGUGAUGACCAUGCUUGUAAACUAAGCUAUUUGAACAGGUUAUGGUUUAUCGCCGUUGACAGAAAACAACAAGACUCGUCACUGCACAUGGACGCUUCCAGGGAUCUGUAAUAUAGCCAUUUGAAUAAAUGUUAAACUUGGUACUUAGCCAUUUCUUGUCAAAUGUUUAUUUACCAAAUAUUUUAAAAUGCCAAAUAAAAAAAUAAUCUUCCCAAUACUUUCAGGUUAACAUUACUGUAAAUGUUUGGAAUAAUUGGUUUCUUCAUGCCUAAGAAGCCUAUAGUGGGAAAGAUGUUUUUUUUUAAUUACCAAUGCUAGUACUAACUAUGUUUUUUUGUAGAUUACUUGUUUUAAAAAAUGUUAAUGUCAAAUAUUUUGUCUUUCAGGUUGGCAUUUCCCCUUUCUAAGUUGUUGUAUGUGUUAACAUUUUUAUGUUCACUUGAAGCAGGUUUUUUUAUUUUGUAAGGGUUUGAUUUCUUGUAAACAAUUUUAAGCCGUUUAUGUUUUGUAGAAGGAUUGCUAUGUAAUUGUUCAGGGGAACUGACAUUGAGCCAUGUCAUUUGCAUGGGGGAAGAAAUAUGCUGCUUUGUCACAAUGAGAUGUGAUGCUCAAUUGAGUGUAGAAGUCAAUAAAUCAUUGAUUUCUGCACGCAAGUUCUGAUUAUAUUUGGAAAUAAAGCUAUUUUUAUGCACAUGAA